AUGGAACGGGCCGCGAAAAGGCCGUGUCUUGUUGGAGACGUCGAAGAAGCCGAGACAGAAGCGAGACCAGACGGUCUUUAUUCUCUGAGCCGGGCUAUCAGCCCUCCCAAGAAGAGAAACCGACAAGGCGAGCUCAUCAGAUCGCCUUUUCAGCUCACCCGCAUCCGAGACCUGCCUGAAGCCGCGAACCAUGAUACGGUUGCGCUGAAGGGUAUCCUCGGUGACCCACUGAUUGCCGAAUGCUGGGAGUUUAACUUCCUGCAUGAUAUACAUUUCCUCAUGAGCCAUUUUGACGAGGAUACCAGAGAUCUUGUAAAGGUCCAUGUUGUCCAUGGCUUCUGGAAGAGGGAGGACCCGAACCGAUUGGCUCUCCAGGAAGAAGCAGAAGCAUACCCAAAUGUCGAGCUGCAUGGUGCUUUCAUGCCCGAGAUGUUCGGCACCCAUCAUUCCAAAAUGAUGAUCCUGAUCCGUCACGACGACUCGGCCCAGGUGAUCAUACACACCGCCAAUAUGAUCGCCAAGGACUGGACCAACAUGACUAACGCGGUCUGGCGCUCACCAAUACUUCCACUGCUUCCGGACGACCAUGUUGACGAUGCUUCGACAAACGACCAUUCUUUCGGGACGGGAAAACAGUUUAAACACGAUAUUCUUAGCUACUUGAGAGCUUACAAUACCCGCAGACCAACUGUCAGAACCUUGGUAGACCAGUUGCGCAACUAUGACUUUUCAGAUGUGCGGGCUACGCUGAUCGCUAGCGUCCCUGGGCGUCAUCCCAUCCAUGACACCUCACAGACAGCUUGGGGUUGGCCGGCACUCAAAAGAGCCUUGCGCAGCGUCCCUGUGCAAGAAGGAAAGUCUGAGGUCGUAGUUCAGAUAUCAUCCAUCGCCACUCUAGGAGCUUCAGACAGCUGGAUCCAGAAGUGUCUUUUCGACUCUCUUGCAGUCUCCAAGAACAACUCGCUGAGCACCCCCAGGCCGAAGUUCAAGGUAGUCUUUCCUACCGCGGAUGAAAUCAGACGAAGCCUAGACGGCUACGCAUCUGGCGGUUCAAUACAUACGAAGAUCCAAUCUCAACAACAAGCAAAGCAAUUACAAUACCUUCGGCCCAUUUUCCACCAUUGGGCGAAUGACGCCCCCGAAGGAGAGCCGUUGCCCGAAACAGCAGCAAUCCAGGAGGCCGGCCGAAAACGAGCAGCGCCGCACAUCAAAACCUACAUUCGUUACGGCGACAAGUCGAUAGACUGGGCCCUCGUCACGUCGGCCAAUAUCUCCAAGCAAGCGUGGGGCGAGGCAGCGGGAGCGUCUCAAGAGGUCCGAAUCGCAUCGUGGGAGAUCGGAGUACUUGUCUGGCCUUCCGCUAUAACGGACAAGGCGACUAUGGUCGGAACCUUCGAGACAGACAUGCCUUCGAAGGACGUGGGGGACGGAGACCCAGUUGUCGGAAUGAGAAUUCCCUACAAUCUUCCACUUCAGGCAUACGGCAAAGACGAGAUACCUUGGGUAGCGAGCAUGGUCCAUACGGAUCCAGACAGGAUGGGGAGAUUGUGGGGUGUCGAAUAG